GGGGAAUCCCGAACCGAAUUGCCCGGAUAUUGACGCCAUUUUGGAGGUAGUGCGGAGCUGACCAUUGCUUCCUGAUUCGUAACGGGUUUGCAAGUCUACCUUGACAUACAGCUCAACAAUGACGGAGCAACAACUUGAUUGCGCAUUAGAUUUGAUGCGCAGACUUCCACCACAGCAGAUAGAAAAGAACCUCAGUGAGCUCAUAGACAUGGUGCCAGCUUUGUGUGAGGACCUACUCUCUUCUGUGGACCAGCCCUUGAAGAUUGCCAGGGACAAGACAGUGGGGAAGGACUUCUUGCUUUGUGACUACAACCGCGAUGGGGACUCGUACAGAUCUCCAUGGAGCAACACAUACGACCCUCCCCUCGAUGAUGGCACCAUGCCCUCAGACAGGCUACGGAAGCUGGAGAUAGAGGCUAACAACGCUUUUGACCAAUUCAGAGAAAUGUACUUUGAGGGUGGAGUUUCCUCAGUGUAUCUAUGGGACCUGGACCAUGGUUUUGCGGGCGUGGUCCUCAUCAAGAAAGCUGGUGAUGGAUCCAAGAAAAUUAAGGGCUGUUGGGAUUCCAUCCACGUCAUAGAAGUUCAGGAAAAAUCAAGUGGCAAAAGUGCCCAUUAUAAACUGACAUCGACUGUGAUGUUGUGGCUACAAACGAACAAGGAGAGCUCAGGGACCAUGAAUCUUGGUGGUAGCCUCACCAGACAGGUAGAACAAGACGCCUCUGUUAGCGAUGCAUCCCCACAUAUUGUCAACAUUGGUAGAUUAGUCGAGGAUAUGGAAAACAAGAUUAGGAACACAUUAAAUGAAAUUUAUUUCGGAAAAACAAGGGACAUUGUGAAUGGUGUUCGAUCUAUUAUGCCCAUUCCAGACCAGGGACAACAGGAGGCAUUAAAGAAUGAUUUGAUGGCGGCCUUGUCGAGGAGGCCACAAGCUCAGUGAUAGAGGCAUCUUUCAGUGUAUGUGUGACAAAUCUAAUCCUGACCAGCCCACGCUGGGACUCUCACUUCGACACACUUGCCACAGACAAAAUAACCAUUCAUAAAGUUUUCUCAACUUUCAUAAAUCUUGGCUUUUGAAGAGGGUGCAAUCGUGUUCUUUCUGUAAAUGAAAUUUAAUAAGAUUUUCUUUAUGUACAAAGAUUUUUAUGUUUGAAAAUUGUGCAUAAAAUGUAUGCAGUUAAUUGUGCAUAAAAUGUUUGCAGUUAAUUGUGCAAUUAUGCUUUCAUGUAUGAUCAGUUUGUUUGUUAAUCCUUUAUUUAUUUUUGAAAGAUUUUAAGUGUGCCAAGUACAAUUUCAGAGAAAGGGGUAUACCAAAAAUGUGAAUGUGUAAGAUACUAUGGUUUAAUUUGUAUAGAACAACAACAUAUUUAUUAAUCAAUCUCUGUAGGUUUCUAAAGUGCAAUAUUUUACUGUUGCAAAAUAUUUUCGGGAACAUGAACACAAGUACAAAGUACUGUCUGCCACAACAAUGUGCAAGUUUUGGAUACACAUUUUACUGAGAGCCCAAACUAGGUACUAGGUUCAGUCUGGUAUACUUAAAAUAACACAUUGUUUAUACUGCACCUAAAUCUGUAAAUAUUCAAUGGUAGAUCACAGGGGCAAUGAUGUCAAUGCUAAAGAGCUUUUAGCACAUUUGUUGGUCAAAGGGAGAUAAUCGGCAUUGAGAAGGAUUUGGGAAUACUGGAAAAGCAUUUGAAAUUCAAAGCAUCAUUCCAUCGGAAAAUAAUCUUUUGUUAUUAUGUAAAGCAUAACAUAAUCAAAUCACAUAUUUACGUUCAAGUCACAGCAUUUGCAUCUUGCACAAACAUUUUUAUUAAGUUUCUUCAAAUUAGAAUUUUUUUCUGUUAACUGUACAUGGUGGAGAUGAUUAUGCCCGGACAUAAAUACAGGAGUAUAAGAGUGAUUAAGUUCAUUAAUACAACAUUUUUCUACAAAGACGACAGUAUUAUACAGACAUGUUUAUAUUUGUAAUACAAAAGUUACUGCUUUUACAUACCCUGCUAAGAUGAUAAGAUCCGGUUGUCUGAUAUCAAUGUAACCACAUACUUUACUUGGCAUAUCUUGUAUGAUGGCGCCACUCAGCCAACAUGUGUUCUUUAUAUUGCUAUGUGGGAAUACUGACCGAUCAUGUUACAGGAUUUAUAUCACAACUUGUAGGAUCAUUCAUAAGAAUAUCCAAUGUGCUGUCAAUCCAUUAGCCAGUUAAUGCAAGUCUUGAAUGUGUGAUAUUCACUGGACUUAUUAUUAGAAGGCAGAAAAGAAGGCAGACAUGUACAGGGGUGAGAAUAUGUUGACUUCCUUCAUUAACACCCCCAAUUUAUGGACCGUGCUCCAUUUCAAAUAAUUUUCAGAUGAAAAGGAAAAUCUCCUUUCUCAACCCUGGAUAUACAUAGCCCAGAUGAUAUAAAUGCAUCCAAAAAAUGUUUUAAUGUACCAGUUCAGUCCCUGAUGACAUACCCUUGAAGGAUUGAACUAUGGUAAAAUUCAUCAGUCUCCCUCGAAGGCACACACAAUGCCUCCUCGCCUUUUAAUGUAUGCUGGUAUGUGUGUGGGGUAUCUACCUUGUCUGAUCAGUAUCAGUGGAGUGUAAUCAAGGCUGUGGGUAAACUUUCCAUGUUUUACUUGGAAAUAUUUUUUUUAGAUACCCAAGUUUGACAUGAAAAGUAUUGAGUGUUUCCUUGUGGAUGUCAUAUGUUGGUUGGUUGGUUUGUUGUUUAACGCCACACUCAGCAAUAUGACGGCGGUCUGUAAACAAUCCAGUGAUUAAUAUCAUGAGCACCGAUCCACGCAAUUGGGAUCGAUGACAUGCAUCAACCAAGUCAGCUAGCCCGACCACCUGAACCUGCUAGUCACCUUUUACGACAAGCAUAGUCGCCUUUUACGGCAAGCAUGGGUUGUUGAAGACCUAUUCUACCCCGGAUCUUCACGGGUCGUAUGUCAUCUGUAUGGAAUAAACAGCAACACAGCAUUGUUUGUAAGGGGACAGCUGCCCAGGAUCCACAGAUGGUGGGUUUGAAUCCCAGAUCCCUGGUCAGUCAGCAACAAACUGAUCUGUUUCUCAGAAGUGGAAAACAGUGAAUGCCUGUAACACAUGAUGUGAUAUCACUGAAAUACUGUUUUAAACAGUGUUAACCUCAACAAACUCCCCAAUGUUUCAGCAAUAUUUUCUUAUCUCCGGUCCUUAAAAUCGGUUCAACAGAAUCGAAUCUAAUGCUGGCAAUGGUGAUGCCAUGAAAGACUAUUUCUCAUUGUGUAUUGUAUGGAUGUUAAGCAUGUCUGCAUUUCCAGAUUGGAACGGUUUACGUUGUUAUCACAAAGCCAUGACUGGUUCAUUCCAAUGGAUUUGAUUCAAGAGUUUUCAGUUCAAGUAGUAAUGGCACCAAGCCUUCUGGUGGAAGACUCUGAUUCCCCAGUCUCUGUCCUAUUAAAACUCAGAAAACCAUAUUUCAUUCACUGCUACAUUUCAUAAUCCCUACAGAAAUCUUCCCAAUCUCAUUAAUAGAUCUUUAAGUAUGAUUUCAUACCUAUCUCUGUAAAGACGUGACAAACCUAUAGCUCAUGUCAGGUGAACUUUCUAACUUCGCCACUGAGUUGUCUGGAUUCAAAUUUAAUGUAAUUGAAAUCUUCCAUACUUGAGUCAAAAAGUUGUAUGAACUCUUCAAUGCCAAGUCUCGCUCACAUUACUGUAUGUAUUGGUUAUUGAUUAUCUGAAUUAUUAUGGAAUAUGUAAAUUUUAGUUAUGUUAGAUAUUAACACAAAUGAAAGAAAUGCUCCUAUAGGUAAAUGCUAUUUUAGCUGCUACUUGAAAAUUUCAUAGCUUCAUUACUGAAUAAAUGCAUAUACCAUUUU